GUCUCGAAAAAGUCUGGGACACACCUGUGUAUUAGUUACGGCUCAUGCCUUUUUUGUGAACAUGCCUAGUCGUAACAUACUUAGCUUGGAAUUGGCCAAGAUCCGACUUUGGCAGAAUUGCCAAGAUGACUCAGGAAAGCCCACCUGCGCUAUGAGCAAAAUGAUGGUUGGUCGGCCAAGAAUCGAUCCAACUCUUUUUAGGGCUUUCCAGGAUGACCACCGUUGUGUCAGAAAUGAUCAAAUAAAAGAACUCGAGCUGAUCUCCACCCGCAGCUUUUACAACCGCUACUUCCAUCCACUCCGCGCAUUUCCCGGCCCUUUCUGGGCCUCGGUGUCCGAUUUUUUCAAACUCUGGAUUCUGCACACCAAGCAGGCCCACACUCUGGGUCUGGAAUACCAUAAAAAGUAUGGGAGCAUUGUACGCGCUGCCCCGAACCUCUUGGCAGUUGAUGAUCCAUUGCUCCUACCGCUCAUCUACCAUCGGCGAGUGGACAAGACCGAUGUCUAUACCGUAGGCGUGCUCGGUGAAAUUGCCCCACCUUUCCAAACUCUCAAACACGAGGAGCAUGCCAUCAAGCGCAAGAGGGUUGCCGCCUCGUUCACCUUGACCAACCUGAAGCACCUCGAAGGGCAGGUCGAUGAGCGCAUCGCGCAGUGGACUCAUAUUUUGACGCAGCGGUUUGUGGAGACGGGCGAAGAACUGGACUUUGCUGCCUGGUCCCAAUGGUUUGCGUAUGACAUGAUUUGCCAACUCUCCUUUGGCGAGCCCAUCGGAUUCGUUAGCCAGGGGCGCGACGUGGAGAACCUGAUCGCGAAUUUCCAUCAGAUGGCCCCGUUUGCCGCGGUUGUGGGAGCAUUGCCCUGGCUUGCACGCCCAUUCCUGGAGAAUCCCAUCACGAGAAAGUUUUUCAUGCCCAAGCCGGGUGAUGGGUCGGGGACGGGGAAAAUCAUGGCUGCUCACAAGCAAGGGGAUUUCCUGGACAAUAUUCUGAGCGCAACCAACCCGGAUGGGACCCCGAUCACGCUCGAGGAGGUCAAGACCGAAUGUUUCGUGCUCAUGGUCGCAGCCUCAGACACCACCGCCGCUUUCUUCUGUGGCUUUGUGCGUUAUGUCCUUGAGACCCCUGGGGUAUAUGAGCGACUGGUGGCGGAGAUCGACGAGUACGACCAGCGUGGCGACCUCACCUCCCCGGUGCCACGAUACGACGAGAUCAAAGAUAUGCCCUACUUCACAGCCUGCUACAAGGAGACCAUGCGCUAUCAGCCGUCGACCCCGAUGAUCAUUCCGCGCUACGUGUCUCCGGGGGGUCUCACGCUGCACAACCAGCAUAUCCCCGCCGGGACGGAGAUUGGAGCCAACCCGUAUGUGGUGCACCGGAAUCGCCGCGUCUUUGGGGAGGACGCUGAUGUCUUCCGUCCGGACCGCUGGCUGGUGGCCGAUCCGGACCAUAUCGCCCUGAUGGACAAGUGUAUUCUGACCUGGGGAUACGGGACGCGCAUCUGCCUGGGGAAGAAUAUCGCCCUGCUGGAGACGUAUAAGCUGCUUGUCCAGUUCUUCCGCCUGUUCAGACCCCAGAUCAAUAAUGGGGCACGACCCAUCUGGAAGCAGGAAAACCUGGCGUUGUUGGUUCAUCACAAUUUCUGGAUCAAGAUUGCGAGCAGAAAGCAUUAGUUAGCAUUAGUAGAUGAUGAUGACACUCUUCCCAGUGAGAGGUUGCCUGAGUUAAUGCCUCAGGCAGUGACAGUUGCUAGUCGGGCGGGGGCAUUCACCGCCUGCCAUGCCAGGCUCUUCCGACCGGUCUGCCGGAUUCCGCAAACGGACAUCCGCCCCUCCUGCCAGGUGUCCCGGGCCCUUCUCCCCUGUCCACGAUCUGCCUUGUUUUGGCAUUGAAAGCACAGGAUGGCUUCUGAAGCCGCAGUGAC